CUGCUGCUGCUGCUGCUGCUGCUCUCGACGCCGACAUAUCCUUAUACACACUGGCACUGAAUUAGCUCUGAGGACGGGAAGGGGAACGAAGGAGAGAAAAACACCAACAAAAGGAAUCUGCUCCAGCUAUAUCCACCAGCCCUCCCCAAGUUCAGCGCCCAGCUCCUCCUCCGCCAUUGCUGCGUGUGUGUGAGCUUGGAGCCAAAAGCUUGGAGAAGCCACGCUAGAUCCUCGGGGGGUACUGCCUUUCUCUCAGAAGGAUGGUGAAACUGGGGAAUAAUUUCGCUGAGAAAGGCACAAAACAGCCCCUGUUGGAGGAUGGCUUCGACACCAUCCCUCUGAUGACACCCUUGGAUGUCAAUCAGCUGCAGUUCCCUCCUCCAGAUAAGGUGGUGGUCAAAACUAAAACGGAGUAUGAACCUGAUCGAAAGAAAGGGAAAUUCCGUACUCCCAAAAUAGCUGAAUUCACAAUCAGCAUCACAGAAGGAGUUUCUGAGAGAUUUAAGGUGACAGUUCUGGUCCUGUUUGCCUUGGCAUUCCUGACCUGUGUUGUUUUUCUGGUGGUCUACAAGGUUUACAAGUAUGAUCAUACUUGUCCAGAAGGAUUUGUUUUUAAGAAUAAUCAAUGCAUUCCCGCAGGAUUAGAGAACUACUACUCAGAACAAGACUCCAAUGCCCGGGGGAAAUUUUACACAGUCAUAAACCACUACAACUUGGCCAAGCAAACCAUCACUCGCUCAGUAUCUCCAUGGAUGUCGGUGCUGUCAGAGGAGAAACUGUCAGAACAGGAGACGGAAGCUGCUGAGAAAUCGGCUUAGUGGGAUAGGCCCAUUAUUUCCAAUAUGUCAUUUGAAGGCAGCCAACUGCUGAGGGACAAAAGUAGGCCCAGGACUUCCAAUGUAGAUCUUCUCUGUACCAAGAAUUCCUCUGAACAUAAUAGCAGGAGAUUGAGCCUAAUAUGAACUACCUGCCAGCCCUGUCAUAAAAGCAUACAGUGUGAUAUUUCCACUCAGAAGGCAGUCAAGAACAGCACCUACCUUAGGCUACUGGUUCUUGUCUAUGAGUUUAUGCCUUGAUUAUACCCUAGAAAUAAAUACUUGAUGAGUUUGGCUUCUAUCUAGUUGAUCUUUGGUUCCACUGCAAUGUUUCAGUACCUUGUCAUUACAUGAUGUGAAUACUCUGAAUGAUCUAGAUCUUAAUUUUUACAUUUAUAAUCUACAAUAAGUUAAAUCAUGUUAAACAAACUCAUGAGAUUAACAAGUAGACUAUCUUUUUUUCUUUUCUACAAAUAAAAUAAGCCUUUGCGAAA